UGAUCAAGCCAGUCAAAAAUGAGUAAAUGACAGGUUUGAGGUUUAGCCGUAGCGCUUCCACUUGACUGUUUGAUAAUUGAUAAUAUGAGUUAUUGUUUAUUGUUAUGGUACAAUAUAACAAAAUAUUGAGAAGUGUGAUAAUUUAAUAAAUUAUUUGUAAUACACGAUGGAUCUUAUAAACAUAUUACAAAGUUUGCGCUUAGAGAGCCUCGAUUACGGCUGGGCUAAAGCUGUUUCUCAAAGUGAAUAUCUAGAUUUUCAUGAUUUGCCGCCAGAAUACGAGGAUGCUAUUGAUUCUUUAGAAUUAGAAACUACUUUUAUGGAUAUAAUAACAACACUGGAUUCGUGGCUUGAGGCCGAAACAGAAGACAAUUCAUGGGCAUAUCUAAGUCAAACAAUUGAUCAUAUGAAGCUGUUAGCACUAAUAAGCUAUUAUAUAAAUCACGGAUGCAAAAAUGUCCGCAUCAGAGAAUAUAGGCUAAAUGCUUUACUAGUAUCCCGAGUUUACUUUAAGUUGUUGAGAAUACCAGGAUCUAAAACAUAUAAUAUUUAUCAUUCGCAACUGUUUGUUCAAUCACUGUCAUGCCUCAGCUUUCCAGUGACUAUGAGUGAUGAGGAAACUAAUUAUACUUCAGGGGAACUCACUCGAGAAAUAAACUCUGUUUUAAAUCAUUUGAUUAAGUUAGUAGAUGACUUGAAAUUAAUUAUAGAAGAUUUACAACUAACACCAGAUGAUAUGCAUUUUGAGGAAAUUCUGAGUAAUUGUAUUGAACCCACGGCUUAUAAGUUUGUUACAAAAUUACAUGUUGAUAAGAUAUUAGCAACAAAAAUUUCUGAAACCAGUUACAGCAUAAUAGAUGUUUUGCUAUGUAAAUCGGAAACCAAUCACAAUGAACAAGCUCUUAGGAUACUUUUUAAAUGCAUCCUUCCUAAACUUAUCGCUGCAUGCAUGGACAAUCGCGGUAUUAAUAAACAACAUAUUCGUCCAGCAUAUUCGACUUACUCAGUUAUCACAAUGGCAAAGUAUGCCCAACCAGCAUUAUCUAGUUACAUAAUUCUUUUAGAACAUCUGUGUCACACUCUAGAUGGUUUGGAAAAAACUGAUGUUCGCGAAAUUCGGGCUGAAUUGGUUGCUGGAAUGAUGACGUUUUUGUCUCGGUCAGCUUAUAAAAAAGUAACAAAAUGGAUACUGCAACUGUCCAAAACCUCGAAAUUACCACAUCGGCAGCUAGCUGUAGAAAUACUAGCUAGGAUGUUAGCAAGUGAUCAUUAUGAAUCUACCCCUACUGAGCAGCCAACUGAAAACGAUGAUGCUAUUUCUCCCGUUGCCGAAGAUCCUAAUGGGGGACCGCAGCCGAGCACGAGUGCUGCGCCAUUUCCAACAGGACAACAUGCCAAAAAUGACAAAAGUAAACAAAACUCAUCAGAAACAUUCAUUAUAACAGAUGAAAAUAGUCAGUGCAGCCAAGAAUCUGGCGAAAUGCAAAAUAUAGAUGAAGAGCCGAAUGAUAUAAUCAACAUUUUACGUGCGCGCAAACACAUAAUUCCGCACAUGGAAAUAAUCAGAGCCCUGUACGAACGAGUGCACGACGAGUCGGCCACUCUGCGCACGCGGGCUAUUGCCAUCCUAAAUGAUUGCCUCAAAAGCAAACUCCAGCCGGUGAUUGAUGCUGUCAAGACGCUGCAGGGCGAGGGCUCGGUGUCGCGCCUGACGGCGGUGGCGGCGCGCGCGGUGUGCGACGAGCGCGCGGCCGUGCGCAAGGCGGGCGCCGGCCUCAUGCUGCAGCUACUGCUGGACCCCGCCAUCGACACGCCGCGCUCCGCAGACCUCACCGUAUUAGUGAAUCUGUGCCGGGAUGCAAGUUUACUAGUUAGACAGGCUGCUAUUAAUGCUAUAGGUGAACUGGUGACAGUGAAACCUAGUGAAUCAGUUAUUGAAGCGUUUCUCACAGGACCCGUGCACCAAGUCAGUGACCCUGAAACUAAGCUUCAAGAACAGGUGUUGAUUCUUAUCGAAAACGUCCUAAUUGAUAGACUCAAAAAGUUUAACACGUCAGGAUGCGAUCCAUUGCCUUGGUUGAUCCUCGCAGGAAUGGUGAAACAUAAAAUGAAGAUGCACUUGCAAAAAGUCUGUGUUCUGCUUUCUAAGUUUAGGAAGUGCCUCAACCAUCGUCUAGUGGACAUAUUGAGCACACACUUGUCUGCAGUGAACAACGAACGUGACUUGCAGUGCUUGGUACUUUUGACAAGUUUGGCAAGACACGUGGACUACUCAGACGUUGGUUUUAUACUGGAUUACUAUUACAGACUGAUUGGUAUGGACGAGGUCCAAGACGUGCGUCUGAUGUCACAAACUCUGGAACUGUUAAGCUUAUGGUCUCGGUUUCUGCCACCUGAAGAUCGCACCUCGCUACGUCAUCACAUCGUGCGCCGUCUUGUUGAAGCACAAGAUGAUGGAUGCCGAAUAUUGCGCGCACAGUUGGCGGCUCAUUUAGAUCCUGAUAACUUGAUAUGGGCUGCAGAAAUGAUGCAGAUGUCGGAACAACGCGCUAUGUUGGACUGUGAUGUAAGUGAAGCGCUCCGUGCGGCGGACUUGUCCCUGGUGGCGCCCAUACCACCCUCACCGGGCCUUCUGCAAGUCUUUCUCCAGGCUAUCAACGAUGCACUUCCUGAGUGCGAGCGGAGCGGCGCGUGCGUGGCGGGCGCGUGCGUGGCGGGCGCGUGCGUGGCGGGCUCGAGUGAGGCGGGCGCGAGAUUGGCGGGCUCGAGUGAGGCGGGCGCGUCCGUGGCGGGCGCGUGCGUGGCGGGCGCGAGAUUGGCGGGCUCGAGGGAGGCGGGCGCGUGCGUGGCAGGCGCGGCGCGGCUGUGCGUGCGCUCGCGCGCGGCGGCGGCGGCGGCGGCGCCCACCUUCGCGGCACUGCUGGCGCGCCACGACCAGUCGCUGCCCGUGCGCGUCAACUCACUCAUCGCGCUCAGCGAUAUAUGCGCCAGGUACACGUGUAUAGUAGAGCCACUACUUGGCACUAUGUGUGAUUGCCUGUCCAAGGAGUCACCAGUGCAGUUACGUCGGCGAGCCGCUCGUGAACUUACUCGCCUUUUAUUGGGCGAAUAUUUACGUCUCCGUACACCUCUGUACUAUCGAUAUUGCGCUUUGUUAGCGGACGCAGAUGAUGACGUACGUGAACCAGCCGAAUACUAUGUAUCCUGUGGCCUUACUGCCGACACCAUUUACCAUCACUUUGUUGAUUGCCUCCUACAUUACAACCACGAUGACAAAGAUCCUAUCAGUUUCGACUCCCGUCAGCUGAUCUAUGACGUGAUGCUGCAGCGUUUGUCCAUGGUGCAAAGACUUAACAUCCAAUGUCGGCUGGCGCGCGAUGUAUUGGAACAUGCCGUGGACCUCAUGGACGAAGACGAUGAACUGUCUCCCGCAAUGAAUGCAGCUCUCCUUGAUACUACCACACUGCUCUGCGGACCCAGGCUAAAACUGCCCAAAAAGCCACAAAAAGCUAGCAACAACUUAGAGGAGUUACAGGAAAGAGUUACUACUAACAUCGUGUCUCGGAAAAUGAAGAUGGCAGUAGCAGAGGUCUUAGUGCCGGCAGUGAUUAAGUUAUACUCACGUAUGAAACCGCGCGGAGGCCAAGUAACAACAUAUCUUUUACAACUAUCUACUGAUCUCGUAAAAGACUAUGAAUCGGAGAUCGAGGAGGUGUUCGAAGACGGCAGUGAGCUGAUGAAGCAAGUGAAGUGGUUCCAAGAGUCCAUCGGCAUGGAGCCCCGGCUGGGCAACGUGCGCAACCUGGUAACGCGCAGCGCGCCGCCCGAGCCCGACACGCCGCGCUCGUCGCGCCGCCGCGCGCGCCCGCCGCGCACGCCGCACUCGCCGCGCAAACGGGCGCUGCGCGUCUAGUGCUGGGCCUAUACUAUCCGUUUUAUUAUACGUCUGGCCAAAGAAUUCGUUCCUGUCGCGAAUCAUAUUCGCGAAUACAAACGCAUUCAAAAGAACACGGAAGUUUUAUCGCGAACGAAUCUUUGCGUUCAAGUAAAACUAUAGCAUUUGUGUUUCACCUGCGUCACUACAAUACACAUAAUGUUCAUUGUUAAGUUUAUGAACUGAUUGAUGACUAUAUUAAAACGAAAGUAAAAGAUGGCACCAUACAAUGCACACGCUGCAUUUUAACAAUUUAUCAUUAGUUUGGUGAAAUCCAGAUCGAACCCGUACACACUCAACGUCCAGGCACUGUAUAAAGAAUGUUUAAGAACCAUUCCUUGCUGGCAAAGCAAUUUAUCAGGUUCCCGUUCGACCAAAUUACAACCAAAUUUUGACAGCAUUGGCAUACUAUGCUAAUGGCUUAAAAGGGCUUUGAAGGGUCUACAGAUGCUGCUAAAACCUUUCGAUACCUGUCGAUUACAUUAUAGUAAGCAUAACAAUGAACACCUGGUUGAUAACUUAAGAAAGGAGACAAAUAAGGCAUUUAAAAUAAAAUAUUCUACGAAUCAAUCAAACAUAACUGACCAACCAAAUUUAAAUAUAUUGUAAAAAAAAAAACAAAAAUUGUGGCGGGCAAGGGUGGGCAGAGUGGACUACCAAUAAUGUUAUUAUUAUUUUAAGCUAAUAAAGGUUGUGUGGAAUGCGCAUAGACUGCGUAGACGCCGAUACGAUUGAUAGAUUUAAUAUUGUUGAUACUACAAAGUCCCUAUUUAGAGAUACCUAGUAUAUUUUUGUUAUCAAAUGAUUGAACUAAAUAAAUUUACUCGUUAUGUUUUGUAGGUAAGUAUUACUUAUUUGUGUUUGUGAAAAUCGUCUAGGUAGGUGGACUAGCUGAAAGAGACAAACCGGUGUAGGUAUUAUAUUAAUUAGGAGGAGGACAGGCAACAACAAUUCUGAGAAGAAAAUCUUAAGUCUACGAAAGUGAGAUGAAGCAAAUAUAAGAUGUAUUAUUAAACAAUUUGCUUCGUGUUACUUCCAAGGCCUUAAGUCGCUACACACUAGGUUACUGAAAAUGGGAGGAAGAACUCUGCUGAAUGAAAAUACAGGCCCAAUCAACAUUCGUAGGAUAGAAUUUUUCAAUCCGAUGGAUUUGGAUGUAUAGUAGUUUAUAAAACUCAAGUGAAGACAUUCACAGCCCGUGUUUUCUCAGUUUUCCAACUGUUGACAGGUUUUUCUACGGCAAUUUCUUUACACAAGUUUUAUGUGAACGACUAUUGAGUAAAAAACUCAGUCAGAAAUAAACAUUUAGAAGGUCGUAUUUUGUUCUUCUUUCAUCAUGAUGAUAAUAACCAAUAUGUAAAUAACAAUUAACAUAACCUCAGGGACCCUGAGAUACUUUUGGAAAAAGAUUCUAAAGGUCAAUAUUUGCAAGUGUGUUGUGCCUAUACCACGACUGAGAUGAGUGGGGCCCAUGUCUAUCGCGGCGCAUCUACCAAGUGAGAUCCCGUCCGUAAAAUUCAGUGUAACUGUGAUAUUUACUUAUUGUUGGAUAUAGAAGACAACGAUUUUCUAGAAUGAGCUUGCUUACUAGAAGUGCACUGUAGUUGUAAAUUAAUUAAUUAAAUCAAAUAUAAUAAUAAUAAUAAUUUUAUUCAGCUCGCAGUGUUGCUUCUUAGUUUGGUGCGUUUUUGUUUGUUGACGGUAAUUAGAAACUACAAAUAUCUAUUAGUAAAUCAAAUGUAAUAAUAUUUUUUGACAUAAAUAAAACUAAAGUACUGA